AUGGCAGAUCCUCAGAUUAGUAAACUCAGCGCCGGAAGCCGGCAGCAGCCGAGUCGAUUGCAGCGGCGUGCACCGUCAUCGUUAUUGAUAAAUCGGUCAUGCGAGUGGAACGUUGCGAUUCCACUUUUGUCGCCGACGAUGGAGGAACUACCGCCGGUGGUGACUUCGACGGAAGGAGCGCCGCCGAAAGAGCAGCCGCAGCAACAGAAAAGGCUUCCUAGUGCGGAGCCGGAGAAUGUGGUUUUCCAGAAGUGGCAGCAUCCGGCGGCACCAUUCUGCUACGAUCCGCCGCCAUCUACGGUGGUCGCUCCGUUCGUCCCGGUGGAGUUGUGA